AUUAUUAUUAUUUUUUUAUUUUUUUAUAGAAUUUUCUAUAAAAAAUAUUACCGUGGUGUGCGCCUCACCCACAAUGGCGCAAGUUCUCCGAUUCGUCCACCCUCCGAUAACUGGAACUCCAUCUUUCCGGCAAAUCAGUCAACUGCCUCCACCGGUGUACUUCUGUUCUUCCGGCGGUAAACUCAGCGCGACGCUGUUGUUCCGGAAACUCCGUCCCGUUUCUAGAUUAAACAGAAUCCCAGCAAACGCGGAGUCCCGCCAGGGAAAUGUUGAUGGAGAAGACCCACUUCCACAACCUUCGGGCGCAAAUUGGACCGAGCAAUUAGCCGAGUUUGUGGCUAAUAAUUUUCUGCCGUUGGGUAUGGUAGAGGUGCAUACUGAUGAAAUUGGUGCUGCUGCUGAAGCAUGGCCAGUUGGAUUAUUUGGGCUGAAUUAUUUCAAAAUGUGCUCAUUUAAAAGUUCUUUUCUGAAGAAUCUCCACAUGAUGUGUCAUAAUAUUGUGUUGUGCAUGGAGCUAGCUGGAGGGAACUCUGCUCUUGCUCUUGCGGUGACUCUGAUAUCUAAUUUAUUAGGAAUAUUAAUUGUAUCAUAUCUGUGCUUUGCCAUCUGGCAUGGUAGGCAUGCAUUUGCCUUCUUUCACGUGUCUCUUGGGAAUCUUAAUGUUCAUGGUGGAAGUUUUUCUGUGGUUCAUAUUGCUUGUACGACUGGACUGAUACCAUUUUCUAUCUCAAAAUUCAUCGCCGCUGGAGUUGGGGUAUCAGUUCCUACUGAAAAUUUAUUGAGAAGCCUUGUUCUUACACUUUUAGUUCCCCUCAUCUUGGGAAAGAAAGACCAGCUCGGGUACAUAUUCACUAAAGCAGUGAACGCGGUUGCUCGAGAUCUCUCCAGAGGGGUAGCAGACUUUGCAGAUGGAAACCGUAAGCUUUUGGCAAUGCUCAGUGCAAUCUUCCUCAGUUUUGUUCCUUGGAUUCAAGUCAGCAGAUCAAGGGCACUCCUUUUGUUGGUGAAGCCAUCAAUAUUUCUUGUAGCUGUCAUGAUGGGAGCAAUUCUUCAUGCUAUCCUAUUAGCUUUCAAUGCUGUGGCUGUCACAUGUCUUUCAGCAGUUUCUGGAGGUAGUAAGUCACCUUUUGUCAAGGAAGAAAAUGCAAGUGCUCUUCUAUUAGUGGCAAGUCAGAAAACAUUGCCUGUGAUGGUGGCAGUGGUCGAGCAGGUUGGUGGUGCUUUAGGUGAAUCCGGAUUACUCAUCCUUCCAUGUGUUGCCGCUCAUUUGAACCAGAUUAUCAUCGACUCAUUUCUAGUGAGCAUCUGGAAACAAAAGUCGGGUGAAUUUGAAAAUGCUAAGGUUGCGUAGGACUUAUAUUUGGAGACAUAGCUUGAAACACAUUUUCUGAAAAGGAGUACUCAUGCUCAUGCUAAGCAUUGGACGAAAAAAGGCUGCACGGGUAAUGACAAUUGUUGCUUGCUGCAAGUGUGCUAUAUAGUUUGAUGUAAUGUAAACUACAUAUUUCUUUGAAAUUUGAAGGUCCCAUUAGAACUGAGGAGAUUAUUUUGCAUAGAUCAAGUGUUCUUGUUUGAUUUUUUUUUUUUUUGGACACGAAAGGAGCAUUUAAUUAUCAAAAGAUAGUUGGAUACAUCAACAUCAAAAUUUCAUGAACAGUCGGAUAGGUCCCAUAUUGAAUUUGCUAUACAAAGACAAUCCUUUAGAAAUGGCAACUCAC